CGCCCAUAAUGUCGGGAUCAGAGACAAUGGCUCUGUAUCGACUUGGUCCGGCUUGUACUUUUGCACCGCCAGCAGGAUCCUUUGGCGCGGGUGCUGCCGAUGCAUUUGACGGAGAAAGGUCUUUCGUGGCUGGCGUGGUCUCUGUCUCUUUCGACUUUUGUGCAGUCCUGGUUGCCUUCGCCGUUCGCGCAGUACCCCUGAUGUCCUUCGCCGUCCGCGCAGCCUCCUGAUUUUCCGGGGUCGUGGUGUUUUGGGGCUCGAUUCCCAGAUCUCGCCGACUGUCCAAUCCAGCAAUCUUUGCGGCAGAGCACACCAAGUCCCGACCAAUGGUGAACGAUCCGACAGGCGUCUCAAAAGUGUAGCCCUCUUUGGGAACGGCAAAGACGAUUUGUUCUCCGCGCCGAAUUUGCUGACAUAUGAGGUUUUGCAUGGCUUCGUCUGCCUUGCCAUUGCGGACAUGCCGAGUGUAUGCUGCCUCCAUCGCUACCGUCACCCAUCUGCGGUUCUUUUGGGCGAAAUCGGCCCAGACCCGGAUGAAUAGCUCACGUUGUGUGACGC